GGAGUGAGGGAGGGUGUCAGAGCCAGUUUUUAUAGCCACUUCCUUCUAUGUUUAUAGAGAACACAGUUUCACAAAUGAGCUCAACCCCAUCGAUGGUGACCGGGGUUCUGGGGGAGUCGGUAACUCUUGCCCUGAAGUUUCCUGCAAGAGAGGAGAUCGACUCCAUCACCUGGCUUCACAACGGAACAUCUAUCAUCUUCAUACAGCCAAAUGAAGCACGAAUCAUGGUGACAGCUCCCAAACGGAAAGAUAGACUGAAGGUCAUCCAGUUCUACUCCUUGCAGCUCAACAACCUGACAAUGGCAGAUGCAGGAUCAUACAGUGUCCAGAUAGUCACGAGUACCUCUUCCGUGUUUUCCAGUUACACUCUGAGGAUCUUCAGGCAGCUGCGAAGGCCUCAGAUUGCAGUGGAUUCUGUCAUCUCUGAGAAUGGGACCUGUCAUGCCACCUUGAGAUGUUCUGUGGAGGAAGGAGGAGAGAAUGUCAUAUACCGGUGGACAUCAAUGGGACCAGGAGCUAUUGUGUCCCAGGAAGGAUCCAUCCUCAGUGACUCCUGGAUCCCUGAUGAUCUGGAUCGGAACUACACCUGCACCGCUAUGAACCCUGUUAGCAAUAGCACCUCCAGCCUCAUCUUUGUUAAGCAGCUUUGUGCAGGUUCCAAGGCAGCUGCAGGCACUUAUUGCCCAGUGACAUGGAUUCUGCUGGGGAAGGGGCUUCUUCUCCUCAUGGCCCUGGGGGUUCUAUGAACUUGGCACAUCCAGACACAGAUGCUCAGCAAACUCCUUAUGUCUAACUCAGGGCCAUGAAGGCCACUAGUGCCCCAGGAGAGCCUGGAUGAGGCCAUUGCUUCUCUGUUGCUCAAUUAAAUUACAGUACAGACCUCUACGCUUUUCAAGGUGUAGUACUAUGGAUUGUCAAAGACCAAUGGGAUAAAAUUUCAUAUCUUCCGUGUGUGAGCCCAUGUGUGUGCACACUGCAUGAGAAUGAGGACAAAAAGAGAUAAAAUAUUUGUAUCAAUACCAUGUUAUCUAUUCUAAGAAGAAAAUUCCCCCUUAAUUUAAGGUUUCUGGAAUCAAGAUGAGUCAUAAUAUUAAUGUGUAGGGCUAAAAGGGAUAGUGUAUUUUUCUCCUGAAAUACUGUUAUUAAAAUAAUACUGCUUU